AUGCAGGAGCUGAGGGUGGAAGAUGAGAAUGCCUUUGCCAACUAUGUGAGAAUGCCACCCCACAUGUUUGAUGAGCUACUCAACAGGAUUAGGCCAGUCAUCCAGAGGAGGGACACCCACAUGAGACCAGCCCUAGAUGCCGAAAUGAAGCUGACCAUGACCCUCAGACACCUGGCUACAGGAGACCGGUAUCACACCCUGCAGUAUGACUUUCGAUGUGGCUACAGCACAGUGGUAUGGACUGUGCAGGAAGUCUGUCAGGCCAUCAUACAGGAGCUGAAGGAUGAAGUCAUGCCACUGCUAAAGACCCAGGAUGACUGGAAGGCCAUUGCCCAGCAGUUCCAAGACCGGUGGAAUGUUCCUCAUGCCCUGGGGGCCUUGGAUGGCAAGCACAUAGCCAUCAGGAAACCACACAACUCAGGCAGUGUGUUCUACAACUACAAAGGCUUCUUCUCCGUGGUGCUGCUGGCCCAUGUGGAUGCAGAUUAUAAGUUUAUCUGGAUAGACACUGGUGGAGAAGAUCAUCAAUCUGACGGACAGCUGUUUGGUGCUUCAGAACUGAAAGAGUGCAUUGAUGACUUCCCUGACAGCGAUCCCCUGCCCAAUGAUGACAGAGACACACCCUACUACAUCCGAUUCGUGGUCACAGCCUCCAAUUCACGAAUCCCCGAAUGA